CCCCCAUGUCAAGUGUACGGAAAUCUGAGCUUAGGGCGGAUUGUAGCAGCUUCCCUCACUUCCCUCUCUUCCAGGCUACUACGGUUGUGUGUCAUAGUAGCAACAGGCAUGCUACUAUCCAAAUCAAACUGCUGAAGUGAACUUUUACAGGUUUAGAGUCGCUGUUUUUUUUGUCUCUCUGUCACCAUGGGUGACUCGGACGCGGUCGGGUCCACAUUAACUCGCAGGAGAAGGGCGACUCUCGCGGCGGGGAGAGGUGCGAGUUUGCAGCCGAUGAACGGGAGGUCUGCAACGGUGUGUCAGAGCUCAGUGACCGCUGACAUUAGCGCUGACAAUGGCCUGGAGAAGAAACGUGACCGGUCGCUGGAGACGGUCCGGUCCAAAUCAAAGACUGAGAAAAAGAAACGCAGGGGUGACAUAAGUGACAGACUGAGCUGUCACAAGACACAGGAGUCCCUGCUGAGUUCAGCCAGUGGUUACAAUAACUACAGAGGAAUCCUCAAUUGGUGUGUGGUGAUGCUGGUGCUGAAUAACGCUCGCCUCUUCUUAGAAAACCUGUUAAGGUAUGGCGUGCUGGUGGACCCUAUUCAGGUGAUUUCCUUGUUUCUACACGACCCCUACAGUUGGCCAGCAGCAUGCCUGCUGAUUGUGUCCAAUGUGUUCAUUCUGGUGGCUCUCUACACUGAAAGGCAGCUGUCAAAGGGUUCAUUCAGUGAACCUGUGGGAUUUCUGGUCCAUUGCAUUAACAUGGCAAUCAUGCUAACAUUCCCUGCUGCAGUGGUCCUAUUGGUCCCCUCCAUGACCCCAGUUGGUGGUGCUUUCGUACUUGGUAUUUACACCAUUCUCUUCCUAAAGCUGUACUCCUAUAAAGAUGUCAACAUGUGGUGCAGAGAGUUGAGCACUGUCAAGGCCAAGAAACUGGCCCGGUCACUGUCUUGUCCCUCAGCACAGCACUUGAACGGAGGUGACCGUAAAGUGUGUUAUCCUGGCAACCUCACCAUCAGGGACAUGUACUACUUUGUCUUUGCUCCAACUCUGUGCUAUGAGCUCAACUUCCCUCGCUCUCCUAAGAUUCGCACAAGUUUCCUGCUGAGGAGACUGUUUGAAAUGCUGUUCUUCAUCCAGCUGUUAGUUGGUCUCACUCAACAGUGGAUGAUUCCCAUCAUUCAAAGCUCCAUGAAACCACUAGAGGACAUGGAUCUGUCCAGAAUGACUGAGAGACUCUUAAGAUUAGCUGUUCCGAAUCACUUGCUGUGGCUGAUUUUUUUCUAUUGGUUCUUCCACUCGUCUAUGAACUUCACUGCUGAGCUGCUGCGCUUUGGAGACAGACAGUUUUACAAGGACUGGUGGAACUCUGAGACAGUGACAUAUUUCUGGCAGAACUGGAACAUCCCUGUACACAAGUGGUGUCUGCGCCACUUUUACAAGCCGCUGCUGAGAAGAGGAUUUAGUAAAAUGGUGAGCCAAUCAGCUGUCUUCUUCUUGUCGGCUUUCUUCCAUGAGUACCUGGUGAGUGUUCCUCUCAGGAUGUUCAGACUUUGGGCUUUCACGGGAAUGAUGGCGCAGCUUCCAUUAGCCUGGUUUGUUGGUCGCUUCCUGCGUGGUAACUACGGUAAUGCCGCAGUGUGGAUAUCCCUCAUCAUUGGUCAGCCGUUUGCCGUCCUGAUGUACGUCCAUGACUAUUACGUCCUGCACUUCAGACAGGAAGCUGACUGAUACACAACACAACACAACACAACACAACACACACAGUUGUACAAACAAACACAUAAACACCACUAGUCUACAGUGCAGGUGGUAAGUAUUGUCCCCUGCGUGUCCGGAUGAGCUGAGCACAUCUGCUGCAUUAUGAUCAUAGCAUGUUUACAUUAGACACCUUGGCCAUUGUGUCUACCUGCUGGGAAAGCUAACAGUAACUCAUGAAAAAAUAUUUUAACAUUUAAAGUGGAAAGUGUAGAAAAAUGCCAGUCUUGAAACACUACUGUAUGGUAACUAAGUGAAGAAGGUGAUAUAGAAAUGCAGCAUAUUACUCAGGUGAUUUUUUUUGUUCCAGUGUCUUGUUAAAAGGUCAGACAGCACAGUUUAGGCUGAAAUGAAAUUAGUUGUAUUUGGUACGACAUAAGAAGCAGCACACAGGGUUACCUUAAUUUUUUUUUCUUCUUCAGCUGUGGACAGUAUGGUAACUAUAGCUGAAUUUUAUCAAACGUAAAUCUGACAACAUGAUUCAAGUGCCUUAUUGAAAGUUAUGAUAGGAAUUUAUGAUCCACUGUGUUUCUUCCUUUUGUGAGCCAAAGGGGCUUUAAUCUGUCUGGUUUUACUGUGAGAUGGGGACAUCACAAGGAAAAAUGAAUGUAUCCUGAUAGGAUUUUAUAAAUAGAUGCCUUUUAUUUUUUUUUAGGAUGUUUUGUUUUGUCACUUAUGAAAAAGGCAAUGAAAAAGAUUUUUGUUUUUAUACCUGAUGUGCCAUUAUAAUAUUACAGCACAUAUCCAAUCACACCUACAUAUUUUUGUGUGUUGAUUUUUUUAGAUCAGAAAAACAGACAGUAUGCAAAAUCACUGAAUUAGUGUGUUUUGUCAUUUUAGUAUCCCACUAGACCACUGCUGCCACAAGUAAUAAUGUCUCAUGAUGUGCCUAAAUACAAUGUGUGUGUCUGAAAAUAAACAUUCAAAGAGUUCCAUCUAA